AAAGUAAUACCUUAUAUAAGGCAAGUCAGCGAUGCUUGAUACUUUAUUUUUCAUUCCUCUACGAAUCAUGGCUGAACGCAUCAAAGCUGAAGAACGCAGUUUGCGGAUGUGGAACAAUGCGGAGAUUUAUCAUGAAAAUAACAGUAUUACGAGACGAGAUGCAAUAGAAUCACUAGAUGCAUUCGCUCCAUUGUUCAACUGGAAAUCCAAUGAAAAAAUCUUGGAAGUGGGAUGUGCGGAUGGAAGCAUCACUAAAAUUUUAGCAACAUAUUUCCCGAAGAACAUAAACUCGCUAACCGCGUGUGACAAUGACGAAAAAGGACUUAAGUAUGCCAGUGAACAUAAUAAGAAUGAGAAGAUCACUUUUAAAUUUAUGGACAUUGAAGAGGAUUUGUCCAGUGAUGUUAAAGGAAAAUUCGAUCACGUAUUUUCAUUGUGCACCUUCCAUUGGAUCAGGAAGCAACAAAAAGCUUUCCAAAACAUCUAUGAUCUUCUUACAACUGAAGGGGAAUGUUUUCUGACAUUAUUUGCUUAUACACAAAUGUACCACUUUUAUGUGAUUUUGAAACAUUCUGAAAAAUGGAGAGACUGGCUACAAGAUAUGACUACUUUUUUGUCACCAUACUAUAACAUUUCGAGUCCAGAUAACUUAAUUGAAGAAAUGUUAAAAAAGAUUGGAUUUAAACACGUCCAAAUUCAAACGAAACAAAAGACUUACUCUUAUCAAAAACGGGAAUUUCGAGAAAUUAUGAGAGCAGUGAAUCCCUUCAAGAUCCCGAAUGAGAAGAUUGAACAUUUUAUUGAUGAUUUGUUCGAAGUGGCACGCGGAAUGGCCCUCAUCAAUGAAGAUGGAACCCUUCUUGUCACAUACAACUUACUUAUUAUCUACUGUCAGAAAUGAUAUAUAUUCGUUAACUACACGUGCUUGUGGCCUAAUAAGACGGAUGUCCUAUCGGAAUAAACGUCUAAUGAAUUACAAUCUUGAGGGGCCUGUGAUUAUGGUCGAUCACAGAGGAACAUUAGUUUUUCAUAUAAUCGUUUCGGGAUUCCUGCGUUAUUGUUAAAGCACUGUGACGUCGUCAAUAUUACUAAAUUUGCUAUUUCAUCUUCAGUUCGACGAAAUCACCUCUACAUAAACGAUCGAUAUAACAUCCACACAAUAAACAUCCUGUAAACUAAAACGUACAAAUAAACUCAGAAAUGUCAAGUUGAUAUUUUCUGGUAGCUUAUUUCUAUCAGUAGUAGUUAUCCUUAUUUCUAUCAUUCUGUACAUUUUUGUUAAUUUUUUGCAGUAAUAAAUUGUAAUUAUGUUAAAAUUAUUAUCUAACAGCAUUUGGCCUAUAAUUAUGUACCUAUUUUUCGCAAAAUGCGGUUGAGGCUCCUCAUACUGUCUAAAACGAAACUAAAUACUGUUUUAUAAUUGUUUUUUUGCCGAUUGAUUGGUUAUUACACGUUAUCAAUCCCUUCUCAAAUACCCAUUUUGUUGAUUACAAUAUCAAACAUAACAUCCGUAAACAAAUCUA